AUGAACACCCACAAGCCCAUUGCCCCGUUCACCUCGAAGGAGCCCAAGUUCUUGGAUAUCAAAUUCAACCAGGACCAGGGGUGCUUUGCCAUUGGCCACGAAUACGGGUUCCAUGUUUACAAUACCGAUCCAAUCGAUUCUAGGGUACAGAGGAACUUCUACAGGGUACCGACGCAGUCACAGACCCUGGGGUCACACUCUCAGGGACCUAGUAACCAGCCUCCUUCCUCCUCCAAUUCCACCGGCAGUGGUAUUGGCCACAUCACUAUGCUCCACAGAACAAACUACUUAGCAUUGGUUGGCGGUGGGAAGCAUCCCAGAUUCUCCAACAACAAGGUUAUCAUUUGGGACGACUUAAAGCGUAAGACUAGUCUCACCUUAGAAUUCUUGAGCCCGGUUCUUCAGGUGUUGCUUUCAAGGAUUAGGAUCAUCGUCGUUCUAAGAAACCAGGUGCUUGUUUACGGAUUCCUGUCUCCUCCAAAGAAAUUUGCCACUUACGAGACCAUUGACAACGAGUUUGGCCUAGCAGACUUGAGCGUGAAUUCUACGACAUUCAGCGACAGCGCUGGAAGUAAUGACAUAACACAGAAGGGAUCAACUUUAUUAUCUUCAGGAACUCCAACUGGCACCUCGAUUGCAUCUCCAAUAAUCCCAGUCCAUGGGUCGUCAUCGUCAAUUUCUUCCUUGACAUCCUCGUCAUCGUCUUCAAUUAGAUCCAAGACCAUUCUUGCCUUCCCCGCAAGAUCUCUUGGCCAGAUACAAUUGGUAGAUGUAUCACCAACAGGACAAGAGAAAAACCUCGUCAGCAUUAUCAAGGCACACAAGUCCCAUAUUCGCUGUCUAACAUUAAAUAGAUUAGGGACAUUGAUUGCAUCGGCCUCUGAAACUGGAACAAUAAUCCGAGUGCACUCUACCCAUAAUACGGCAUUACUCUAUGAGUUCCGCAGAGGACUAGACAGAGCCAUCAUCACUUCUAUGAAGUUUUCUCAUAACGAUUCUAAAUUGGCUGUGUUGUCGGAUAAGAACACCCUUCAUGUAUUUAAUAUAGAACAAGAGGACCACCUGCAACAAAAGCAGCAGGGCCAGCAUUCACAACAACAGCUCCACAACAGUCACCAGCACCAUCAGCCCGUUAACCGCCAGCAUCUUUUCCGAAAGCUACCUAUCCCCAUACCUAAUUAUUUCAAUUCGACAUGGUCUUUCUGUUCCGUGAACAUCAAUAAAUAUCAUGUCGACUUUGUGACAGACAAUACGUUAGCCCAUAACGGCAACCCAUCGGGAUCAGGAUCCACCGAUAGCAAUACCGCGGACAUUGGAGUAUUGGCAUGGUCUGGUAACGACAGUGUGAUAAUAGUAUGGAAAGAAAAGAGAAUAUGGGAAAGAUACGUAAUAAUCGAGAAGGUCAAACCAACUAUAUCAGUGGGAAGCACAGGGUCAAGUGGAAGUGAGAAUAAUACGGAUAAUGUCCAGUGGGAAAUAGUCAGAGAUAGCUGGAAAAGCUUAGAAGUGGAUUAA